UUUUAAACUCGUCUUGUAGGUUUAAAUUGAAUAAAACUUGAUUACUGAGACUCCUGUGCAUACCUGAGGAAAAAAUAAAUAAUUUGUGCGUUUCAGAAUUGUUAAUUAAGAUCUUCCCUUUUUCAUUUUAGUCAUUUGAAUCUAGCCUAACAUACAUACUACCCAGACGUUGCAUUAAAUUGCCACAGGGUGGCAAUUUCUUGGCCAUUACUCCUGAUGGAUUGACAUUUUCCUUUCAAAACUGUGAUCUCCUUUAGUUCCAGGAAUGGGCCUUGUGGCAUAGGAUGGAUAUGUGGCUGAAAACUGUGAAUCAACUUCUGCUUUUGUUUGCACUUCUGCUUGUUGCAAAUGCUAACCUGUGGGUAAUGGGGCCAAAGUCACUGGAAUUGUCACUUUGACCAUUUCCUAAGCAUUGGUUCCAUUUCACUGGAGUAUGUGUGUUUGUGUUCAUGUGCACACACAAACUCCAUGGCUAUGACCAGUCUGUAAUCCAUACAGCAGGAUAACUUGGCAAGUAUUGGGAAAAUCAGAGACCACGUGAACCAUAGUCAGCAGAUACAAGCCAUAAAAUGAGGAAAUCUUGUAGCUUAGUUCUUGCAAGAGUAGCAUUCUUAAAGCUCCAAAGUGCAUUGUUCUGUAAAAGUGCUUAAUUGUGAAUAUUUUGUGGUUUCUAGUAUCUUGCUGCUGAUUGUUGCCAGCCUUGCUUCUUACUCUGUGUUUCUUCUGCUCAGUAUGUGCACUCAGACUGCUGUCACUUCUUAUGAAGACCUUGGCCUGUUUGCAUUUGGAUCAACUGGAAGGGUCCUUGUUGCAACUACAAUAAUUAUCCAGAAUAUUGGAGCCAUGUCAUCUUAUCUGUUAAUUGUGAAGUCUGAACUUCCUGGGGCUGUUGCGGGGCUUGUGAGUGGAGCCGAGAGUGGGUCUUGGUACCUCGAUGGGAGACUGCUGCUGCUGCUUACUUCAGUCUGCAUUGUUUUUCCUCUUGCCCUUCUUCCCAAAAUUGGCUUUCUUGGCUACACAAGUAGUUUAUCAUUUUUCUUUACGGUGUACUUUACUCUUGUGGUUAUGAUUAAAAAAUGGUCGAUCCCUUGUCCUCUACCUCUCACUAGUGCCAUAGAGACUUUACAGGUUUCAAAUUCUACUGGGGAUUGUAAAGCAAAGCUCUUUCAUCUUUCAAAAGAGAGUGUUUAUGCAAUACCAACUAUGGCCUUCUCUUUUCUGUGCCAUACCUCAGUCUUGCCAAUCUAUUGUGAGCUCCAAAGUCCAUCCAAAAGGAGAAUGCAGAACGUAACUAUCACAGGAAUUGGUCUGAGUUUCCUAAUUUACUUUGUGUCUGCUCUCUUUGGGUACCUGACAUUUUAUGACAAAGUGGACUCUGAACUGCUUCAAGGUUACUCCAGGUACCUGCCCCACGAUACCAUCAUGAUGACUGUGAGAGCAGCCAUUCUGUUUGCUGUGCUCCUGACAGUCCCUCUAAUCCAUUUCCCAGCAAGGAAAGCUGUGUUGAUGGUGUUUUUCUCUCAUCUUCCUGAGUCGUGGAUUUGCCAUAUCCUUGUCACCUUAACACUGAAUGCAGUUGUUGUCCUGUUUGCAAUGUAUGUGCCAGACAUUAAAAAUGUGUUUGGAGUAGUUGGUUCAACCACAUCGACAUGUUUGCUUUUUGUAUAUCCUGGACUAUUUUAUCUUAAACUUAACAGAGAGGACUUUAUAUCACCACAGAAACUUGGGGCAUGCGCCUUGGUUAUUUUUGGCAUUUGUGUUGGCCUUCUCAGUUUGGUUCUAAUAAUUUUCAAUUGGGUUGAUCAAUAACAGCCUGUUGACAUUGUCUGAACUGAGAUUCAGGACAGCAAGAACCAGAGAGGUGCCAACACUGCUGCAGUGGGUGCUGGACAUCCUAAAGGAGCACUGACCAAAGCUGCCAAUAGAAGAAGCAAUGCUCUUUUCAGCUCCAUUACUGAUGGCCCUUCUUUAAUCUUGAGUCACUCUCUUCAGUUGCUGGACAAUUCAUCUUUGCCAUUCUAAAAUAAGAGCUUUUGAUGAUGUAAUAAUGACAGAUAAAAAGGUUUUGAGAAUUUCUGCAGUGCAAAAAUGGUUUAGGGCACAUGGUGAACAAAACAGAAACUUGAAAUAACUUGUCCUUUCAAGACAACAAGGUGAAUAGACAUUACAUCAAUCUUUUUGUGCACAACCUGAUAUAGGCACACAGGAUAAUAUACAUUGUCCUAAUCCUUGAAAGACUUCUAUUACUUUACUAAUUUCCAAAAUUUCAGCCAGUUCACAUUAAGAACUUGUUGAUUCCAAGUGUUUACCCUAAUUUAUCCUAAGAUGGAUCCAGAGACCAACUGCCUUAGCUCAGUUUAAUGGGCGUGCCAUGAUAAUAUUUGUUAAGUGUUUUUAAAAAUACAGUUUUUCUGUGUCAGCAGGCUUGAAUCAUCCUGAUACAAUUUCUAAAUUAGCAGGCUUUGCCCAUCAAGCACUGUAGCUUUUAGUAGCAUUUUGUUUUGGUGUUUUCAUUUUGCAGUUAAUAAUAGACAUUUUUCAAUUAAUAUCUACUUUUGAGUAGUACUCAAAGUACCUCAGUAUUCCUCCAAGUGAAAGACUGUUUUC